GUGAUUACAGAAAUUAAGUCAUUAGGAUUAAAAUAUUUGAAUUGCUGUUAUGCUUGUGAAUUUAUUUAUGUAGAAUGCUAACAUACGGUUCUACACAGAAGAUUCCAAACGGUUUCACUAGGAAAUUCAAUGGUGAUAUGUCAAACCCGGUAAUUCUCAAGCCUCCAGAUGACACUAAAUGGGAGAUACAUUGGAGCAAACAUGAUUCUGAGAUUUGGUUUCAAAAGGGUUUGAAAGAAUUCGCGAAAUAUUACUCCCUGGAUCAUGGGCACUUGGUGUUGUUUGAAUUCAAGGAUGCCUCUAAUUUUGAGGUGCGUAUAUUUGGCAAGGGCACCCUUGAAAUAGAAUAUCCUAUGAUCCAUGGCAAUCAAGAUGAACAGAACAACAACCUUGAUCAGAUGAGUGACAACUCAGUUGAAAUUUUGGAUGAGCUACCUCCAUGCAAGAAGACUAGGCUAAAAUCACCAAUAUCAAAAACUCAACCACAUAGGAAAUUGAGAGCUGGAAUUACUGGAGAUGUUGGAAGUAGCUCCAGAUUGAAGAAUUAUUCAAAACAAGUCAAAGUUGAAGGUAAUCAGUCCCAAGAUGCAAACUUUGAGAAGUCAACAUUUGAACCUGACCAGAACAAAUUGGAGGAGAAUAUGGAUGGUACCUCUGGAUUUGAGCAUUUAACUCCUAAAAUAACUGAAGGUUUAAAAAGAGGCACAACCUUGAGAUCUAUAAACCCCUCUUUCAAGAUUGUCAUGAAAUCUUCAUAUAUUGGUGGAUAUUCCUUGCACAUCCCAUCAAAAUUUGCAGAAACAUAUUUGAAGAAGAAAGAUGGUGAUAUCUUCCUUGAGGUCUUGGAUGGGAGAAGUUGGCAUGGUACAUAUGAUCUCUACAAAAUUAAAAAUGGAUGGAGGCAGUUUGUAUUGGAUAAUAAUUUGAAAGCAGGGGAUGUUUGUCUUUUUGAGUUGACUAAGAAACAACCCCUUUCUUUUAAAGUAUUGAUCUUUCCACUUGAGGAAGAGCCAUAUCCCCAUUCACCACAAGAAUCAGCUCAAGGAGAUGCAGUUAAUAGCUUAGACCCUGCAACUGCAAGAAAGAACCCCAGAUGUUAAAAGUGAAACUAUUGCUGCUACCAGUAAUAACGGUAAAUCAACAUGAAGGCUGAAGCCAAAUUAUUCGGAAGGAUCAAAGGAUGGUAAGGUUUAUGAAGUGGCAAAUGAAAGAGGUUUCUCCUAGUACCCAUAAAAAAUGCAUAUAAUCAGUUUGUACUUUGUAUGGGGAUUGUAAAAAACUGUAGUUUCAUGGAAAUUUUAUAUCCUGAAAGCAGCAAGGCUGAGGCCUGAGGUUAUUGUUAUUAUGUUAUACUUCCAUUAA